CUGUACUACAAAGCUCACGCCCGAGCCCACCUACCCUUGUCCGCUUGCAUAUAAAACCAUCGCCGACGCCUGUGUAACAAUUUUCAAGCCUCCUAUUUCCCAAAAGCAUUCACCCUUUAGCACCAUGCAGCUUCAUAUUCUCUACCUGGCGGCUCUUGCGCCUUUGGUCGCCGCCCAUUUCGAGCUCAAGUACCCUACGAGCCGUGAUGGAACGGAAGAGGAGAUGACCCAAUUCCCCUGCGGUGGAGCUGCUCAAUCCAGCAACCGCACGCAGGUGUCAAUCUCCGCCGGUUCUUUCCCUGUGGCCCUAUCUAUGGGCCACUCUCAGACCGCCGUGGAGGUUCUCCUGGCACUGGGAAGCGAUCCCGGUACCAACUACAACAUCACCCUUCACCAAACCUUUGAGAUUCAGGGUCUCGGAGCCUUCUGUCUCCCCCAUGUGCUGUUCGACGAAUCCAUUCUCGGCGCCAAUAUCACCGAUGGCAUGAAUGCAACCGUCCAGGUUCAGAGCAAUGGUGACCCUACCGGUGGCCUCUACGCUUGCGCUGACAUCCAGUUCUCCUCCACCGUCGAAUACGAAGAACCAUCCUCCUGCAAGAACAAUACCGGUGUCACUGCCGUGACUUUCACCGGAGCUGCCGCACAGCGCAACGCCAAUGAGUCCACUGCCACCGGAGGAGCGCAGGACAGCUCUUCCUCGUCUUCUACCACAUCGAGCAGCUCAACCACCGCUACCUCCACCGGUGGUGCUGUUGCAAUGGAGACUGCUGCGUGGGGAAUGCUGGGUGCUGCGGUCGUGGGUGGAAUGGCUCUUCUGUAAGAGCCAGGUUAUGAGCUUGUGGUUCUGGCAUCCAGUACGAUGGCCAGGUACUGCGACUAAUGCUCUAUGGUGCAUGAAGCAACCCAGUUAUGGGUCCAGGAAACGGCCUUCUACCGUGCCACUCUCUUAAAAAGUGGAAGUGUUUCGGCAACUGUCACACAUUCAAGCUGCGGAAAUGGAAGAACCAAUAUCACCUGUUCAGAGCUCUGAAUCAUCGCUCACGGGGCGGUCUCGACUUCUUCUGGUUGUGGUAAAAGCAACCCGGAGCUAUCGAGACCCCAACUUCGGUAAAACGUAUGUCGAGUUGAAUCGUGCACUGGGGCCAAUGGAGUCUUCUGAGUGACCAUCCUGAGAACACAUCCCCAGGCCUUUCCCAGCUCUCCUCAUUGACUGAGGUUAAAUAUGCAAUAUACAUUAGUAUAAAUAUAAUUUUCUUUUCAAU